AUGCCAGCUAUCCCAACAGUUCCAGCAAGAUACACCAGUAUCUUAGGCCGUGGGGCUAUUCAGGAUGACCAAAAUUUGUUGUUAACUGCUCUACAGGCUGAAGAACCUAGAGGUCCAUUGCCCCCAGUCCCGCCAACCUCUGAGGCUCAGUGUGCCGGAUGGAGAUGUCUUACAGAAGCGCAACAAGCUGGCAUUAUUGUCACAAUUGUUGUGGUUUUUGUAGUGCUUGUGCUUGCGCUGUUGUUCUUCUUGAGAUCAAAGAAGAAUAAGAAGGACUGGGUUGAUGGGGACUUUGUUCUUGUUCGCCAGAGCCGACGGCCUAGAGCCACAAGUCAAGCCAGCUCCAUGAACCCUCAGCACUCACGAUUCUACUUCAGACACGAAGGCCUCACAGGCACACAACUGCCACCUCAACUCAUGAUAACACAUCCGACAAUACUCCACAUUCCAUCACCUCCAGCACCUGUCCCGGUACCCUUGCCAAUGCCGAUGCCGAUUCCUUUUCCAGUCCAAUACCCUCAACCUGGGCCAAUAUAUCCAAUGGUUUACCAACCCUUCAACCACCGGAUGCAGACUCAAGGCCUCGAUCAAGAUCAGUGGCAACAUACAGCACCGAUGUUUCCCAUCAAAAUCCCAAGCCAACAACCACGGCAGCCUCCUCGAGCCCAGCAACCGCCUCCUCGACCAUGGGCAGAGGGCCGCGGUUACCAGUACACGCAGCGGCCGCCUCGCAGAAGGCCAUCACUCGCACGAAGAUUGUUCGACCUCUUCAACCUUCCUGUUGGUAGAGCAUCAACAAUCGUUAGCUCUAACUCUGGCUCGCUCCGUGCGCCGUCUAUCGGAAGCAGCCAUCGUUCGCGGGGCUCUGUAACCACCAUGAGCACACCACCACUUCAGGAAGCGAUACGGGGAGGAGACGUUCUUGUCGAAAUGGGCCAGGCAACGAGACUCGACGAGGCGUCUCCAGCGGCGGCAACUGUCCGUAGUGAUGAUUUUGUCACUCCCUCCAACCAGCGAAACAUGGCUUCAGAACCCAAUAUGGCGAAGCCAGCCUCGUCAGCCCAAGGAAACUUGACCGGCCAUCCGAUUUCCAGUUUUCAACAGGGAACGAGCAGCACUGAAAUUUCACCCGUCCAGAGGCAGGUGAAUGUCAACGGCGAACCAGAGGAAGGAAUUGUUGUACCAGUCUCGGUCUCUCAACGCUGUUCCAAGACCGAGGCUUGUCACUCUCCUGGCAAUACUAAACCGCUUCGGAGGUUCGUACGAUGA